AUGGCCAAGCUAACACAAUUUGACAGACAUGAAAUUGUCAUUUCACAUCAGCAAGGGAAGUCACAACGUGCCAUAGCUCGUCUAACUGGAUUUUCAAGGUUUGGUGUCCAAGCACUCCUCAAGAAGUUUGAAGAGUUCGGAGAAGUAAAAGACAGAAAACGAAGUGGAAGACCAAAGAAACUGAAUGCAUUGGAUAAAAAGUACCUGAAAGUAACGUCGUUGAGAGACAGGAGAAAGUCAAGUAAAGUUUUGGCACACGAACAAGGACCGUCGUCGACCACCACACAGAUUUCCCUCUUAUCGAAGGCCAAGAAAUGGUAUAUUGAUGGAACUUUCAAGCUGUGUCGGCAUCCCUUCAAACAGUUGUUUACCAUCAAUGCAUUUGUGCGUGAUGGUGAAAACGUCAAACAACUGCCGCUCUGUUUUGUUUUCAUGUCUGGCCAAAGUUCAUCUGGCUACCAAAAGAUUCUACAAGAGCUGCUGCAUACAAUGCCCAACUGGCCUAUAGUGCUGCACAUCACACUUUAUUUUGAAACGGCUAUUUGGAAAGCAUGGAGGGCUAUCCUACCAGGUGUCCAAUUGAGUGGUUGUGUCUUUCAUUGGACACAGGCGCUUUGGAGGAAAGUACAGGGGCUAGGAUUGCAAUCAGCAUAUAGUAACGACCAAGCAAUAAGCAGUUAUAUUCGUUGGCUUAUGGCAUUACCAUACUUACCUCAGGAAACAAUUCCCCAAAUGUUCAAACGCCUUAAAGUUGAAGCCACUACUGUCCCCCUGCAGAGUUUCAUGCAUUAUACCGCUGACACUUGGAUUUAUAGCAGCGUCUGGCUGCCAAAAAACUGGAGUAUCUUCAUGCAAACUACCAGAACAAAUAACAACGUUGAAAGUUGGCACCAUCGCUUGAACCAGAAGUGUGUUGGUCGUUGUGGAAUACAGUUCUACAUGCUAAUUGACCUACUUCAUAAGGAAGCCUCACUUGAAGAACUUAACAUUCAGUUAGUUUCUGAAGGAAAAGUGAGGCGGAUCCAGCGGAAGAAAUACAGACAGCUUCAAGGGCAGGUUGCAUUUUCCCAUUUCUACAGCCCAGCUGCUGCUGGCGAUAAGUGCACAUUGUACAGCAACAGAAAUUUAAUAAAUUGUCGCAGUGUAAGGAGCGAUGUCAAUUCAGCAGUCAAUCCUUGCAGACGUUUCUUUGUCUUAGAAAUAGAGGCACAUAUUGUUGCCGCUGGAAUGAAGGAGCUUCACAUUGAAGAACUGGAAGAGCAGUCAUUGUUUGUAGCAGACCAAAUAGAUAGGUGGACAAAUGGAAGAAAGAAUUCCUGA